AUGGCUCCUCAAUCUUCCCGCAAGUCUCAAAAGGUGACGAAGAAGUAUGUCAUCAACUGUUCCCAACCAGUUAACGACAAGAUCUUCGAUGUAUCCGCGUUCGAGAAGUUCCUGCACGAUCGGGUCAAGGUUGAGGGCCGCGUUGGCAACCUCGGCGACUCCGUCGAGAUCUCCCAGACCGGCGAUGGAAAGAUCGAGGUCGUCACCCACAUUCCUUUCUCCGGACGGUAUUUGAAGUACCUGACGAAGAAAUUUCUCAAGAAGCAGCAGCUCCGCGAUUGGCUGCGUGUUGUUCUCCACCUCCCAAGGGUGUCUAUGAGCUGCGCUUCUACAACCUCGUCAACGACGAGGCGGAGGAGGAUGAGGAUUAGAUUUGAGAAAAAUCUAAUAAUAAUAAGAAACAACCCGGAAGUGAACAAAGAAAAGUAG